AUGCACCAGAUGUCUUCUAUGAAUGGAUUGGAUCGACCCUUUGGAUCUGGCAUCGAGCUAGUGUUCCCUGGAUUAGCUCAACAAGAUCAAGCACUUUUCCAUCAUUAUAUGACGGUCACUACACUGAGUAUCACGACAGAUCUCAAGAGGCUUGAUCGGUGGCGAAGCUUCAUCCCAUCUGCUGCAAAAGAAGCAAAAUACACAUUGCAUUCUUUACUGGGCUUCUCGGCUCUUCACCUUGCCCAUAUCAAACGACAAAGGCGACGUGAAUAUCUCGCAGUCGCUACAUCCCAUCAAUGCCAAGCACUUGCAACAUUCCGCUCCGAGGUUGAAACCAUUACCCAGGAAAACGCUACGCCGGUUCUUGUGUUUUCAUGUUUCCUGAUACUCUACGAGUUGGGUUUAAUGCACCCGAAUCAUCAAAUCUGCGACGUUCAAGAUCCCAUCACCAGAUUCGUCCAGUCUGUUAUGUUGAUCCAUAACGCUGUAAAUUCUUUGCGACAGGUACCCUGGUUGAAAGUCGGACCCGUCAUGCACCUUUUGUUACGGUCUACUAGAGAGAAUACACCUAGAGUUCCUCCGGAAGUAUAUCAAGCACUUGGCCAACUUGAUAUCCUUAACGAGACUACUACGGCGGACGAACAUGAACGCCAGACCUACACUGAUGCAAUCCAGCACUUGAGGGACUGUUUCGAGGUUGUUAGUGUCUCUCCGGGAGAGUGGCUUCCUUCUCUGCGUUGGGCGAAUCUGGUCUCGUCACAAUACGUCGAAACGAUUCGAGAAAAGCGACCGAUGGCGCUUGUAAUAUUAGUACAUUUCUGCCUAUUGGUCCACCAUUCGCCUGAACGAUGGUGGAUGAGAGGAUGGAAUGAAACUAUUGUGAAUGAAACAAUGCAACUGCUGGACGAGCCGUGGAGACCGCAUUUGCUCUGGGCAGUAGAGUCCAUGAGUGAUAAACCACUGUUGGAAAGCAGCGGCAAGGGGAUCCCAAGUCACGAAAAUAUCUCCCCUACGGAACCAAUGUUGAAACGAGCAGCGUCAUUUAUGCCAGGAGAUGCACCAAGCAUGCUUCCUCUGCGGUCAAUACAAGACGCCCCUCUAGCUUUAUUUCCGCGUACAUACAGCCCUCAGUCCGUUCCUUACGUAUGA